UGGGUGUAAAUUCGAAAUUCUCGUCUUAUUCUUCACCCUCUCUCUUGGGUUUCUCCUGACCAUUUGGCUCCUCUGAUUGGUGACUACACCGGGAUCGCGAUUUCCAGGAACUCCUAAAAUUUGGCGUUCCCUCUGAAUUCAGAUACCUUUUUAGCCGUUCAUCUGGGUGAAUUCAUCAAUCAAGAAAAAUGCAGUUUUUUGGAGGGUCGGACAUCAGCCCAUUGCCUCCACCACCAACGGCAUCUGGAAACAAUGCCCACAUGAUGUAUGUGUUCAAUAAGAACGGGGUGUGCUUGCUUUACAGAGAAUGGAAUCGCUCCCUUAGGACUCUGAAUGCCCAACAAGACCACAAGCUCAUGUUUGGUCUGCUUUUCUCUCUUAAGUCCUUAACAGCUAAGAUGGAUCCCACUAGUGUGGAGAAGGGAAACCUUGGGGUACCUCAGUUAACUGGUCAGGGGUGUUCAUUUCAUAGCUUUCGUACUAAUACAUACAAACUAAGUUUCAUGGAAAGUCCAUCUGGGAUUAAGAUUAUCUUGGUCACUCAUCCUAGGACUGGUGAUCUACGGGAAUCCCUAAAGUACAUUUACAACUUGUAUGUUGAAUAUGUUGUCAAGAAUCCGCUCUAUUCUCCAGGAAUGCCAAUCAGGUCUGAGCUAUUCAAUAUGACUCUUGACCAAUAUGUCCGAGGUCUUGGGUAGUAUCACAAGGUUGCUGGUUUGGUGGUAGGCGAAGAGAAUUGCGUGCAUUACAUUACCAGCUGCAAUUUAUGCCAUGUUUGGAACAUUGGAAUAGAGAAUCGAGACAAGAAAUCAAUUCCAUUUUCCAUUCACUAAUGCAUUUCGAUUGUUUUUAAAACGGGAACGGGGAUAAAUGAAUUAAUUGUUAUGAAAGUCAAAUCACACUCAUUAGGAUUUUGAUUCCUUGUAUUAUGAUUCACCUUCAUUCUCAUUUUAUUUCCAUUCCUAUUUCCACAUAUCAAACACCUUAACAGAGUCGAGGUAGUAAUUGAAUGGGAGGUUCAAUAUGCUCUCCCUGGAUCCAAUGGUGGUAAGCAUCUGGUUUGCUGGCAUGUUCCAAGUUCCAACUCUGAUUUUGCUUGUCUUCUAACCCUGAUGCAGGCCAGAGAAACCUUCAAAAUCAACAACCACCCUCCAUUGAUUGUAAUGGAACCAGGCACAGUAAGAACCCCUAGAGCAUGAAUCCAACCCAAAGUGAUGAUCAAGGAUUUCCCAAUUAGAAGCCAAGCCAACAUGAACAGAAUCAGACCAUUUUAGGAUUGGAGUCAGUAGCAAUAUCAGAUUCCGAUUCUGAUUCAGAUUCAGAUUCAUGGGUUCCUGCAUUUUAAUCAUAGGUAUUGUAACAGUUUCAAACUUGUGUUCUUAAUUGAACUUUUGUCAGAAUCUCUACUACUCUCUCUUUUCGAACCUUUAAACUUCCACUUCUUCA